AUGUCAGGCCCAUGCGCUAACGAUCUUGUUCGAGGAGUGCCUCAUAUCAACCACUUACUCGUCAACUCCCAACCAGCUGCUUAUCGCCAUCGUAACCCUCCUGCCGUACCUCCACUCGCCACGUCACUCUGUGCCUCUCCGCCUGUCUUCUCCCCUGCUGCCCCGCCGCCCAUCCCCAUGCGCGCGCCAUCAGCUGUGCCAGGUGCGCGUGCGGGUGGGCAGGCAGAGCGAGGAGUCAAGGUGCACGAUGUGCCGCAAUUCAAGGUGCGCGUGCGCCUAAGCAGGCUGAGUGAGGAGCAGCGGCGGGCGGCGUGGGAGGAGCAGCACGAGCGGGGUGCGGAGGAACUGCACUCUCUCUGCACGGAAAUGCAGGGCUUCUUCCUUAAGCUGUUGGAGACAGUCCCCCAAAGUGACCCCUCUCCAUCCCUGCCUCAUGGGGCAGGGGGGCGGCUCCAUCCCUCUCCUCUCACAUGGAGUGACAACAACCCCAGUUUGAAGCAGUACGUGCUUUCGUCCUCCUCCCCCCUCGUCUGUCCCAAGCCGCACAAUUGGGACAUGGAUGUAGCAGCACAGCAGCAGGUGCAGGCAGUGCUACCUGCCACGCCACCCCUGUGGCACAUGGAACCCCUGAAAAGGCGCAGCCAAGCGCAUGAGGAGUGCCUGACCUGGGAGGAGAUGUAG